UUAUAUAUAUAUAUUCUUCUUCUUCAUCAAGUUUCAAGAGAACAACUUCUUUAUGAGAAGUCAAUUUUCGAGAUUUGGUUGAUUUAAGUUAUCUGUAAGAUUUAUCUCGGUUUUUCGAGAUUUUUGAGUUGUUGAAAGGAGAUUUCUUGGAAUUAGCUGGAAAAAGUUAUGUGCUUUUUCUGGAUUUAUUCUCAUUAGUCCCAAAUUUUGUUAUUGAUUAAUAGGAUUUUGACUUUGGGAUAGAGUUUCGUGAUUUAGUGUUGGGAUAUCGGUGAGUUGUAGGCUUUUAUUUUUUCUUGUUUAAGUGAUGUUGAACAAGAUACUUAAUAGGCGCCCUAAAAAGCCUCAUAAGUCACAUGACAAUCGAGACGGAGGAAACCAAAAUUCUUAUUCAAAUACAUCAACUAGCUCAAGAACCAACAAUGAUGUUGCAGUAACUCGCCCUAGUAGUUCAAAUCCCACAUCCAGUCAUGGGCCAGUAGUUCAUCCAACGGGCCCAAAUCACGCCAACAAUAGGAUUCUCCAAUCUCAAAAUUCGAAGUUGAAUGGAAAUUCAACCGUUUAUGAGGCGUUGCCUAGUUUGAAAGAUGUUCCAAGUUCCGAGAAACAGAAUCUGUUUAUUCGGAAGUUGGCUUUAUGUAGUGUGGUAUUUGACUUCACUGAUCCAACAAAGAGUUUGAAAGAAAAGGAGAUCAAGCGACAAACGCUGGUGGAGCUUGUUGAUUAUGUUACUUCUGCAAGUGGGAAAUUUCCUGAAAUCGUUAUGCAAGAAAUUGUGAAGAUGGUGUCGGUGAAUAUCUUUCGUAGGCUUACUCCACAACCUCGAGAUAACAAAAUGUUAGAAACUUUUGAUGGUGAAGAAGAAGAACCUUCCAUGGAUCCAUCAUGGCCUCAUUUACAGUUAGUCUAUGAAUUUAUUUUGAGAUUUGUAGCAUCACCAGAAACUGAUGCAAAACUAGCUAAACGCUACAUCGAUCAAGCUUUCGUUUUGAAAUGGCUAGAUUUAUUUGACUCAGAGGAUCCACGAGAACGGGAAUACUUAAAGUUUGUUCUUCACAGAAUGUAUGGAAAAUUCAUGGUGCACCGCCCUUAUAUCAGAAAAGCAAUCAAUAAUAUAUUCUUCCGUUUUGUUUUUGAAACCGAAAAACAUAAUGGGAUUGCUGAAUUAUUAGAAAUAUUGGGAAGUAUAAUUAAUGGUUUCGCGUUGCCAUUAAAAGAAGAACAUAAAUUGUUUCUUGUGAGGGCACUAAUUCCACUUCACAAGCCGAAAUGCAUACCGAUGUAUCACCAACAAAUAUCGUAUUGCAUUACACAAUUUGUAGAAAAAGAUUGCAAGCUUGCGGAUACAGUUAUUAGGGGUUUGUUGAAGUAUUGGCCGAUUACAAAUAGUUCAAAGGAAGUGAUGUUUUUGAGUGAGCUUGAGGAAGUUUUGGAGGCAACACAGACUCCAGAGUUUCAAAGAUGUAUGGUGCCUUUGUUUCGCCAGAUUGCUCGUUGCUUGAGUAGCUCACAUUUUCAGGUGGCAGAAAGAGCAUUGUUCCUUUGGAACAAUGAUCAUAUCGAGAACCUAAUAAGACAAAACCGAAAAGUAAUCUUGCCAAUUAUAUAUCCAGCAUUGGAAAGAAACACCAAAACCCAUUGGAACCAAGCUGUACAGAGUUUGACCUUAAAUGUCAGAAAGAUCUUUUCUGAUGCAGACCCCCAACUUUUUGAAGAAUGCUCAAAGAAGUUCAAAGAAGAUGAAUUGCGAAAGGAAGAAAGCCAGUCCAAAAGAGAAGCUAUCUGGAAACGCCUUGAAGAUGUAGCGGCUCAGAGAUCUGGCGGUGGUUAUGAGCCAAUGGUCAUUUCCCAGAAGGUAAUUGCGACUCAUGUUUCAUCAUCUGGUUAGAGUACACUAGCAUUAGGAAAUCCAUCAUUGGGGGUUUUUUUGUUGCUUGCUACUUUAGGUCGAUGAAAUACACAUCAUGAAAGAAACAAAUCCGUUCUUCUAGUUAAGGAAAUGGUGUUGAUGAUUUGGAUUUUGGAUACAACGAAUUUGUGUAUAUACACUUUUGACACAUUUUGAAAUUGUUUGCUUUUAGAUGAUUGUGAUUUUGCCAUGUCA